UUUUCAAAACAAGCCAGGGCGGAUCACGUGCACUGGAGAGCAAAAGGAGCAGCUCCCGCACCGAACACGGCAUUUGGCUUCAGGUGCGCUCAUGGUUGUACUGCGUCAUAUCUCCGUGGCGUUCAGCGCCGCUAUGGCUGCGGUCGGGACCGCGCUGUUUAUCGCACUCAAUCUCUUUUAUAAAAGACGGGUAUGGACACCAGAGUCAGACUACUACACGUUCCGAGAGGAGGAUGUGGAGCGCAGUGAGAAGCAGGUGCUUGUUCUUGGGUUGGAUGGCGCUGGUAAGAGCAGCGUUCUGCAGGGGCUGAGUGGAGCAGGCUCCAGGAGGGGCUGCCGACCCACACGCGGCUUCAACUUCAUCAGCCUACACACACCUGCAUGCCAACUGGACUUCUUGGAAAUUGGAGGUGGUGAAGACUUGCGAAUGUACUGGGUGGAUUACCUAAGGAGAACACAUGUUUUGGUGUACGUGGUGGACUCCUCUGAUAGAGGCCGGCUCCCUCAGGCCAAAGAUGAGCUGCAUCGAUUACUUAAAGCAGACACUGAUCUUCCAGUUGUGGUCUUGGGAAACAAGCAGGAUAAGCCCAAUGCUGUUAGCGUACCAGAGCUGCAUGAGGCUCUCUCCCUGAGCUCAGUGGCUGAUCAGAGGAAGCUUUUCCUGCUGGCUGCUCAGUCGGAAUCUGACGGAUUAAGCAGAACCUGCGGCCUCCAAAAGUUUCAGGACCUGCUUUUGACGUUGGUAUGAAACCAAGCUGCCAUUUGAGAGUUGGCACCAAAUGUGCCAGAAAGUACUGGCACAGGGAUCUCUAGUAAUGAGGGAGUAUUCGAUGUAACGGUUUUAUACUUGAGUCGUGCAAGGAAUACACAGUGCUUGCGUCAUGAUAAUGCCACUGUUGUGACAUUGAAGGAGAUGAACAAACACUUUUUUUUUUU